CUCAUUCGUCUCGGAUCUGCUGGCCAGCGGUUUGGGAGCCCACAGGUUUGCUCCGAAAGUAAAGGAUGCGCACCUGGGCUGGACCACAGUUCUCUGCACUCUCCCAAGAGCCACAGAAAAUGAACACACCUCAGGUAUCAGUGUCAUUCAAGGACAUAACUGUGGAGUUCACCCAGGAGGAAUGGCGGCAAAUGGACUCUGCUCAGAGGACCCUGUACAGAGAUGUGAUGCUGGAGAACUACAGCCACCUGGUCUCAGUGGGGUACUGCUUUACAAAACCAGAACUGAUCUUCACAUUGGAGCAAGGAGAAGAUCCAUGGUUAUUUAAGAAAGAAUUUCUAAGAAAAGGCUUCCCAGAAGAAUACCAACCUAAUCAACUCUCAGAGAAGAGCCUAGAAAACCAAAGCAAAUAUUUGUGGCAAGUUUUAUUCACCAACAGAUCAUUGACUACAGAGGAAGAGUUUUCAGGAAAACCAUGUAAUCUGGACAUAAACAAUUUAACUUCAAGAACAAUGCCCUUUAAAUUUGACAGUACAGGACCUGCUUACCUACAUCUCAGCUCAGUGGCUCCACAUUGUCAGUAUUCAAGAAAGAAGGCUCAUGAGCUUAAUGUAUGUGAGAAAUGGCUCCUCAGUAUUAAAGAGGGAAGAACUAAUACUGGAGAGAAGUCUUUUGUUUGUAGUAAAAACGUGAAAGCCUUUAGUCAUAAAGAGAAGGUUACUCAGUAUCAGACAAUUCAGACUUUGCAGGAAGCUUCUGAAUACAAUGAAUGUGGAAAAGCUUCCCUUGAAAAGACUGUCCUCAUUACAUCUAAGAGUACCCACCCAAAAGUGAAAUCUUAUAAAUUUAAUAAAUUUGGGGGAAAACAAUGUGAUAAGUCAACUUUUAUGGUCUCUCAUAGCAAUAAUCCAGAGGAGAAGAGUCAUUAUGAGCUUAAUGAAUAUGAAUGUACUGAAAACAGAAAUAAUUUCAGUAGGGUCACUCAGAAAACUGACACAGAAGGGAAAUCUUUCAACCAAAAAUCACAAAUUAGAGAACAUCAGAAAAUUCACAUAGGAGUGAAACCCUUUGAAUAUGGAAAGAAUUUCAACCAUAAUUCAGCCCUCCCAGUGCAUCAGAGAACUCACACAACAGACAGAUCUGAUUAUGACACAUGUACAGAGACAUUAGUUUGUCAGUCAGCUUUCAACAUACAUCAGAGAACUCCUAUAACAGAGAAACCAUAUGAAUGUAAUGAAUGUGGAAACUCCUGCUCUAUGAAUUCAUUUUUGAUUCAGUCUCUAGCAAGUCACACAGGGGAGAAACCCUAUGAAUGUCACACAUGUGGGAAAGCUUUCAGUGAGAAGUCACGCCUAAGAAAACAUCAGAGAACUCACACAGGAGAGAAACCAUAUAAAUGUGAUGGUUGUGAGAAGGCUUUCAGUGCAAAGUCAGGCCUAAGAAUACAUCAGAGAACUCACACAGGGGAGAAACCUUAUGAAUGUAAUGAAUGUGGGAAAUCUUUCAACUAUAAGUCAAUCCUCAUAGUACAUCAGAGAACUCACACAGGGGAGAAACCUUUUGAAUGUAAUGAAUGUGGAAAAUCUUUCAGCCACAUGUCAGGCCUAAGGAAUCAUCGGAGAACUCACACAGGGGAAAGACCUUAUAAAUGUGAUGAAUGUGGGAAGGCUUUCAAACUGAAGUCAGGUCUAAGAAAACAUCACAGAACUCACACAGGAGAGAAGCCCUAUAAAUGCAAUCAAUGUGGGAAAGCUUUUGGUCAAAAAUCACAACUCAGAGGACAUCAUAGAAUUCACACAGGGGAGAAACCCUACAAAUGUAAUCAUUGUGGGGAAGCUUUCAGCCAGAAAUCAAACCUCAGAGUGCAUCACAGAACUCACACUGGGGAGAAACCCUAUAAAUGUGAUGAGUGUGGAAAAACUUUCAGGCAGAAAUCAAAUCUCAGAGGACAUCAGAGAACUCACACAGGGGAGAAACCCUAUGAAUGUAAUGAGUGUGGAAAAGCUUUCAGUGAGAAAUCGGUCCUAAGAAAACAUCAGAGAACUCACACAGGGGAAAAACCCUAUAAUUGUAAUCACUGUGGAGAAGCUUUCAGCCAGAAGUCAAACCUCAGAGUCCAUCAGAGAACUCACACAGGGGAGAAACCCUAUAAAUGUGAUAAAUGUGGGAAAACUUUCAGCCAGAAAUCAAGCCUUAGAGAACAUCAGAAAGCCCACACAGGGAGUUAAACAUAUGAAUGUUAAGAAUAUGGAAAAACUUUGAGCCAGAAAUCAAAUCUCACAAUACAAAAGAGAAAGAAUCCUAUGAAUACAAUCAACACUUGCAAGUUCCUCUGUAAGAUACCAACCUUCACAAACAUCAGAGAACUUAACAGGACAGAAAUUCUUGGAAUAUAUUUUCUAUGGGCAGUCUUUCACCCAGAGUGCAGUCCUCAUUAUGGAUCAGAGAACUCAGCCAGCAAAGAAAAUGUAAAGAUAAUGAAUGUGAAAAAUACUCUGUACUCAAUCCUCAGAAAAAUCACACUGCAGAAAAGCUCUGGGAAUGUAUAUCCGAUCCAUACACAAAUUUCCCCAGUUGUUCCCAAACGUCUUUUUGUUUUCUCCAACCAGGAUCUGAUCCAGGACCACACUGUAUUUGAUGUCACCCCCAUUUACCGGCUUCCGUCCUCCCUGGCUGUGGGGAUGCGCCGGGUUUGCCCUCAGGUGAGAGAGGCCAACUCCGCACGCCGGGAGGGAGAGGGGCGGGCUCGUGCCCAGAGGAAGGGACCACGACGUCUCGGGAACUCCCCGUUCACCCCAAGUGCCGACCCCGGCAGGAACACUGGGGUGCGGGAGCUGACUGCAGCGGGAGCGGGGAAGAUCCAGGCCGGCGGCGGGAGGGUAAUGCGCGUUUCCGUAUUGGAUACUGACCAUGAGCCCGGCACAAAGCGCGCCCUGGCGUUGGACUUGGAACUUGCAGAAGCUUAUCCUUCACAGUUGUCCGUACUCUCCCAACAACAGCAGAAAAUGGACACAACUCAGGCAUCAGUGUCAUUCAAGGACGUGACUGUGGAGUUCACCCAGGAGGAGUGGCAGCAAAUAGGUCCAAUUCAGAGGACCCUGUAUAGAGAUGUGAUGCUGGAGAACUACAACAACCUGGUCUCAGUGGGGAACUGCAUUUUCAAACCAGCAGUAAUCUUCAAAUUGGAGCAAGGAGAGGAGCCUUGGUUCUUAGAAGAAGAAUUCUUAAACCAGAGCCACCAAGAAGAUUACAGAGAUGAUUACCUGAUCAAGAGGAACAAGAAAAUCAAAGACAACUACUUUCAGGAAGUAAUAUCCAUUGAUAAUAAACUAUUGACUGGAGAGGAAGAGGAAAUUUUGGGAAAACAGUUUAAUCUGCACAUAGCUCCUGUUUCAACAAAAAUGUCCUGUAAAUAUGACUCAUGGGGAGUAAAUUUGCAAAAUAUUUCCCAAUUUAUCAUUAAUAAUAGAAACUAUUCAACAAAAAAACCAGAUUGCUGUAGUGUAUGUGAAAAUUUGUCUUUCAAAAUUAAGUUUGAGAGAAAUCACACUGGAGAGAAGUUAUAUGAAUAUAAUAGAAGUGGGGAAGCUUUCAGUUAUAAGGAAAAUCCUCCUGAGAGUCAAAAGUGUCAAACGUUGGAGCAAGCUUUUAAAUAUAAUGAAAUUGGAAAAACCAUCUAUGAUGAGGCUGCCUGUGUUACACAUAAGAAUAUUCACACAGGAGAAAAAUCCUAUAAAAAUGAUGGAUUUAGGGGAAAAAAUGAAAAAACAACUGUCUUUAAGUAUAAAACAACUGGGACAGGGGAGAAAUACCCUCAUCUUAACCAAUGUGGGAAAUCCUUCUGUGAGAAGUCAGCUCUCAAGGAAUACAAUAAAUUCAACAUGGCUGUGAAACAUGAAUGUAAUGCAAGUGGGAAUAAUUUCUACAGGAAGUCAUACUUCACUCAACCUCAGAUACCUGUCACAGAAGAGAACUCAUUAGUAUGUAAUGACAGAAGACAAACUGGGGAUAAAUCCUUUGAAUAUCAUGAAGAUAGGAAAUCCUACCACAUAUCAGCCCACAAGGUACGACAGCGAAGUCACUCUGAAGUAAAACCCUAUAAGUGUAAUGAAUGUGGUAAAUCUUUCUUUCAAAAAGGACAUCUCAUUCAACAUCAGAGAACUCACACAGGAGAGAAACCAUUUGAAUGUAAUGAAUGUGGAAAAACCUUCUCCCAGAAGUCACACCUCAGUACACAUCAGAGAAUUCACAGAGCAGAAAAACCCUAUAAGUGUAAUGAAUGUGGGAAAACAUUUGUCCAGAAGUCAACCCUCAGGGGACAUCAGAGAAUUCAUACAGGAGAGAAGCCUUACAAAUGUAGUGAAUGUGGGAAAACUUUUGUUCAAAAGUCAACCCUCAGAGAUCAUCACAGAAUUCACACAGGAGAGAAAUCCUUUCAGUGUAAUGAAUGUGGGAAAACUUUUGGUCAGAAGUCAAACCUCAGAAUACAUCAGAGAACACAUAGUGGUGAGAAAACAUAUCAGUGUAACGAAUGUGAAAAAUCGUUCUGGCGAAAAGACCAUCUCAUUCAACAUCAAAAAACACACACAGGAGAGAAACCUUUUAAAUGUAAUGAAUGUGGGAAAACUUUUGCCCGGACAUCAACCCUUAGAGUGCAUCAAAGAAUUCAUACUGGGGAGAAACCAUUUAAAUGUAACGAAUGUGGGAAAAAAUUUGUCCGGAAGGCAAUCCUUAAUGAUCAUCAGAGAAUUCAUACAGGAGAGAAACCUUUUCAGUGUAAUAAAUGUGGGAAACCUUUUGGCCAGAAAUCAAACCUCAGAAUACAUCAGAGAAUUCACAGUGGUGAAAUCUUAUAAAUGUAAUGAAUUUGGA